AUGUCCAUGACCGACACAAUCACUAUCAGGAGUCAUUCCUCAUCCAAUAGCCCUGUACUGAGAAAAAACAACAGGCAGGGCAACUCUAGGAAAACUAUUGAACCAUACAAGCGGUCUUCAACCAGGCCUGGGUUAGCAGUGAGCCAGGCAAGAACGCCAGCGACCAAGGACACUUCCUCAUCUCAAGCCACCUUCCGUGGGGUCAAUUCAAAAUUGACCGAGUCUCCCAUUGCUAGGCGACACAAGGUGCUUAGCUUUGUCUCACAAUCGAAUCGCGAGACAGAUUGCAAGGUUUUUCAAAAUAUCACUCGAGCAGACUACGACUAUAUCUCUUGCAAGAUCGAAGACUGCCCUGCAAGACCAAGGUUAGAAUAUAAUUGCGAUACCCAUACCCUUGUCAUUGAGAUGCCUUCUCCCAUACACGAGGCUAUAAUCAAGGUUAUCAGCAAAUCAUUGGAACGCCUGGAUCUUGUUCUGCAGGACUUCAUUGCCGAAGAACUGUUGUCCUCAGACACCCAUACCAACUUGACCAUCGAUGGGGACACGGUGAAAUGUAUACCCGAUAUCCUCCACAUGGUCACUACCCUCACUGACCCCCCCAUCGUAAUUAAUCCUGUCAUGGGCGAAGUGGCUGUAUCACAGCCCCGAGCCGAUCUACUACAGAGGCUCAGGGACAGGCUCAAAGAGUUCCCAGGCAUUGUAUUACUCUUUAUCGCCGAGAUCCAAGAACGUGUCCACUACACUUCACCUGCAGAGUCCAGUCAAGCGUGGAUACAUCUACAAAAGAAGAAAUUGUUAACCUCCGAUGCCUUCCUUUCCAACCGCACUGGACCAAGAUCGCUUAAAAAACCCAUGGACAUUGUGGUUGAAAAGCACCCCUGGCAUGCGAUGGAAAGCGUGCAUCUCCAGGUCUGGGUGCAAAACAACAGUGGGCACAUUGAAUUAGACACACGAGACCCAGAACUCACAGCACGUGGCGAAUUAUUUCCGAACAAGUUGAUGGACAAAGUCACACGCAUGAUAGAGAGGGGGCUGUCCCGGAUGAGGGACAAGUAUGCAGAGUUGGCUCGAAAGGCCAGCCCAAACGUUGAUGUUUCGGCUCUGCUGGAAGCGCGUGUUACUCUCCCCUUUACAUGGGAUGCCAUGCUGUCUAAGCUUGCCUUUGCAAGCAUGGCGAUGGCAUACAGUAGGUAUAAGUCUUGGUAUAUGGGCAGUAGGCCUGAGGGUACCAAGCGCACAGCGGAUGAAGCGUUUGAUGCAGAAGCCACUGGCAAGCGCACAGCGGACGAAGCAUUUGAUUCAGGACCAGCCAGGAACACACGUUCACUCACGCGUGCUCGCACUGAUGCACUUGCCCGGAGCCGGAGUGUACCGUAA